AGCAGGAAGUGGAGGCAGAAUUGACCAGAAGUACGUGUUUGACACGAAAACAUAGCAUUAGCUGCAUUACUUUGAAGCUAAUUUUAAGAAAAACUGUAAUGUUUUCUAUGAUUGUGCCCCUUUGAGUCAAGCUGUAUCUCUGAAAGGGAAACUUAGAUGGGCAGAAGCGAACAGGCAACGGAGACGAACUGGAAUCAGCAUCGGAAGUGUUAAAGAACCGGUACAGAUAAUGAAGAGGAACGUUUAGAGAUGGAGCUGAAUACAGAAGAAGCUCCUGAGGAAUGGAGUCCUGGUGUGGACCAGCAGGACCCAGAGAGCCUCCAUGUAAAGGUAGAAGAGGAGCUGUGGAGCAGUCAGGAGGAAGAUCAGCACAAUGGGAGGAUGGAGACUGAUGCUAACAGGUUUUCAUUCACUGCAGUUACCGUAAAGAGUGAGGAUGAGGAGAAACCUGUUUUCUCACGUCUUCAUCAACAGGAAGUGGAAGAAGGAGAUGUUCCAACCAGCAGCUCAGCUGAUCAGAUAAAAGUAGAAUCUGACUGCAGAGAAGCAGAAACGAUCAGGAACCCGGACCUGAGUCCUCUUGAAGAUGAUUCCAACUCUUCAGAGACUGAAGUUAGUGAGGAUGAGGAUGUGAACAAUGGUGACUCUCAGCUGAAACAUUUAUCAGACUCUGGGUCAAAAACUGAAGACAGUGACAGUGAGUGUGAGGAGAGCAGGUCUCCUGAGUCGGGUGUAACCACUGUCAGCAAGUCCUUUAGCUGCUCCGAGUCUGGUAGACUGUUUAUUAACAACCAGGUCCUGCAGAGACGCACGGCGAGUCGUUCAGAAACAGGGUCCUCUAGUUUAGUGGAUAAUAAAAGUUUAAAUGUUAGUGAAAAUGUAGACGCAGACAGGGAAGUCCAGACAAGACAAAAGUUGUUUAGUUGUGACGACUGUGGUAAAAGUUUUAACCAUAAAAAAAAUCUAGAUCGGCACAUGAGGAUCCACACAGGAGAGAAACCGUUUCUGUGUCGUGUUUGUGAACAGAGGUUUAGCCAGAAAACAACGUUAGACGCACACAUGACCAUCCACACAGGACGGAAGCCAUUCAUGUGUGGUGUGUGUGAGCAAAUGUUCAACCGAAAGACAACGUUAGACAGACAUGUUAAAGUCCACUCAGGCCAGCGGCUGUUUGGUUGUGAUCUUUGCGGACAAAAGUUUAGCCAUAAGGCAACUUUAGUGACACACAUGAGAAUCCACACAGGGAAGAAACCGUUUCGUUGUGACGUUUGUGAAGAAAGGUUUAGCCACAGGACAACGUUAAUCACACACACGAGGAUCCAUACAGGACAGAAGCCGUUUGAUUGUGACGUUUGUGGAGAGAAAUUUAGCCACAAGACAACUUUAGUCAGCCACAUGAGGAUUCACACGGGCCAGAAGCCGUUCGUCUGUGACAUUUGUCAGCAAACCUUUAGACACAAGUCGAAUUUCGACACCCACAUGAGAAUUCACACAGGGGAGAAACCGUAUGUGUGUGAUUUUUGCACACUAACGUUCAGACAAAAGACGACUUUCGACAGACACAUUAGAGUCCACACAGGGCAGAAACCCUUUGAUUGUGAUGUUUGUGGACGAAGUUUUAGCCUAAAGGCACAUUUAAUCACCCACACCAGAAUCCACACCGGGGAAAAACCGUUUGUGUGUGACGCUUGUGGACAAGGAUUCAGCCAAAAGGCGAAUUUGACCAGACACACGAAAAUCCACACGCGAGAGAAAAGUGUACUAGAGUUUGUGCCGACUUCUGACGACUCACAGGAGAUCCGGGCAGAUCUGUGAAGCUCUGGUUUUCCUUCUCAAAAGCGUUUCUGCAGUAGCGCUCAGAUGUCUGCGUUCAUCUAGCGGGAGGUCUUCAAUCACAAUCCUAAGAAACAAGGUCGAAAAGGUCUCUAGUCUGACGAGGAGGUAACGAAGCCAGGUCACUCCCGCUCCUCAGUCCUGUGAAAGCAGGAGGGACGGACGUUACUCACAGCUUCUCCUUUAAUGGGACAUUUUAUACAAAAUGAGCCUUUUGCACCCUCCUGUACUGCGAUGUGCGAUGUAUACGUUUUAUUUGUUAUCGGUUGUGUUGUAGGAGGACCUGCUCGAAAACGAGAUGUUACAUCUCAAGCAGAUUAUCCUCCUGAAAAACAUAAGUUAAAUAAAUAAAUAAUUUAGUAAUGUCCCCUUUUUUGUUAAAUAAAGACACAGCAGGUCCUGUUCUGUGGUUUUAUACUUUUAAGGUAAAUGACUUGUGUUUGUAGAAUGCCUUCUAGGGUUCUAGAACCCCCCAAGGCGCUUUGCAACACAACAGGAACUCACACAUUCACACCCUGGUGGGGAUGAGCUACGGUGUAGCCACAGCUGCUCUGAGGCGCGCUGACAGAGGCGAGGCUGCCGAGCUCUGGCGCCACCGGUCCCUCCCACCACCACCAGCAGCUAUGGUGGGUUACGUGUCUUGCCCAAGGACACAAUGGCAGCAUUCUCUGCCAGAAGCUGGGAUUGAACCUACAACCCUCCGAUUACAACCCGUUCCACCUUCUGAGCUGCUGCUAGAUUUGAGUCAUUGUAGAAGCUGGUAAAGACCAGGGGCUCAUUUAAAGAAACUGUUCUGUAUUCCUUCCUACGAAUGACAUUUAGAAAGUCAACGAACGGUCAAAAACCAGAUCUGUGAGACGUGCGGUGGUCCUCCACACUCGUCUGAUGAUAAAUCCCACCUGUGUGUGCCCAGGUGCUCGUGUCCGUUCUCCCUCAUUUACAUACAGAAACGCCCUCAAUUACCCAUAUUUGGUCACGCUACGUCCUCAGCACGGGGGGAUUUCCUUCAUAAACCUGGCACUUCUCAAACGAUUACAGCUGAUAGCUCGACUUCUGUCCAUUGCCUGUGAAGCUGAUGGCUCUGGAGGUCCGCUGUGGGUCACCCGUUGCAGCAUCAGGAAGAAAUCCAAACCAGCUCCAUUUUUCUGCAGGAGCACUUUUCGCCUCCUCAUUCCUAUUAUUUUGUAUUUCUUCUUGAACCAAUCAGCAUGCAUCUGACCCCAGAGCAGAGCUUCCUUCCAAACUUGACUUGGAGGAUUUACUCGGUUUUAUUUACUGACUUCUGAGUUUGGGAGACGUCCAUGAAACGACCGUUUGUGGAGAGAAGGUGACGGAGCAGUUUUACCACAAGUUCACCGCAGUAACGGUAACCAAUGUUUUUUAAAUGAGUUUUUUUUUGUUGGGAAAGGAUUAGUGAAGGUUUGUGUAAUUAGUGUAACUGCUGUGUUUUGUUUAGAACAUGAUAAAUGUUUAAUCACCUUGCUGAGUCCAUCUAAAGCAGCAGAAACGUGUUGGUAAGAGUUUCCUGGUGCAACUGUGUGAAAAAGAAACAGAUCUCUGACAACAAA